GGGUAGCGGCACGCCUCCUGAAUAGGAACUACAAUUCCCAGCAUGCUUUGGGGUGGGGUUUGAGCGCAGGCGUAUUGUCCUCCUGAGCGAAGUCCGUGGCUGCACAGAACGGCCUUAAGAGAAGUGAUGUCCCAGCUAGGCUUUGCUUGCCAGCCUCCUCCUGACGUUGACACUGAUGACUGUCUUCAGGAAUAUUCCUACCUCUUCAGUCCAGACAUCCUCAAGGGCAAAGUUGCCUUCAUCACUGGAGGCGGCUCUGGCAUUGGAUUCCGCAUAGCUGAGAUUCUGAUGAGGCAUGGCUGUCAGACUAUCAUUGCCAGCAGGAACCUCCAGAGGCUAACAGAGGCUGCCAAGAAACUGUCAGUGGCCACUGGCCAGCGAUGCCUGCCCCUCACCCUGGAUGUCAGGCAACCACAGAUGAUCAUGGCAGCUGUGGAUGAGGCCCUCAAGGAAUUUGAGAGGAUUGAUAUCCUGGUCAACAAUGCUGCUGGUAACUUCCUUUGCCCGGCCAGCUCUCUGUCCUUCAAUGCCUACAAAACAGUGAUUGAGAUUGACACCUUGGGAACAUUCAACGUCUCCAAAGUGCUGUAUGAAAAGUGCCUCCGCGACCACGGCGGAGUCAUUGUAAAUAUCUCGGCGACCCUAAGCUACAAAGGCCAGGCUCUCCAGGUGCAUGCAGGGACAGCUAAGGCAGCCAUAGAUGCAAUGACCAAGCAUUUGGCUGUGGAGUGGGGUCCUAACAGAGUCAGAGUGAACAGCCUGGCACCGGGCCCCAUUUCGGGCACAGAGGGUCAUCGGCGCUUAGUUCAACCUCAUCCGGAAGCACAAAACCUCUUUCAAAGCAUCCCCCUCCAGCGGGUGGGGAAUAAGACGGAGAUUGCCCACAGCGUGCUGUACCUGGCCAGCCCCUUGGCAUCCUAUGUGACCGGCACGACCCUGGUGGUGGACGGCGGGGCCUGGAUGACCUCCGUGAACGACUUCCCCUCACUGUUGGGUAUUGCCUCACACUCUGCUAAGCUCUAGAUUUCUGGACUACGGAAUUGAAGAAAGAUAAAUGAAAGAAGACCCUUGGAACCUCAUGGACACGACAACUUAGAUGCUUCUCUGUGAACUUCUGCACAAGGCCAAAGGUGGCAGCCACAUGCACUCUCUGGCAGCAAGGUUUCUUAGACAACAGAGGGCAGGGUUUGCGAUUGUACCUCCUGAUGUCACGGGAGAGCGAGUUGGUGGUGAUGGGCGCAGGGGCUAGGAGGUUGCAGGCUGUUAUAUUCUCACCAAAAAGCUUUCUGUUUCAUGCCCGUCAAUAUACUGUGUGGCACAAACCAGCUAUCUGCGGUGGCAGCCUGGAAGAACAGGGUUGGCAGGAGUCUAUUUGGCUGGGUUUAUAUUUCAGUCUUAAUGUCCUUUGCCUUGUCUGUAAUGUUUGCCACUGGGAUCUGUUCUCAAGGAAAGGGGUUUGUGAGUAUGUAUAUCUGUCUAUGUGUUGAGUAGCUACCCGGCCUGAAUCCUCUUAGCCUCUAAUCUUCAUGAAUUUGGACCUAACAGGGUGAUUCUGCACUUUUGCCAGUGCUCUUUAUUUUUCCGUUAUCUGAAAUACUUCCCCCCUCUCUUAUCUUUUAUCAAAUAAAUUCCAUUUGAAAUCCUUU